ACUCGUGAUAACCUCAACAGAACCGCAACAACUUGGGAAAAGAAAGCGGACACUAAGCCAGAGAGUCUUAGAGACCCGCGACAAUGUCGCCCUGACGGGCAUGAGUAGCAUUGAUUGAAUAUGGACACAGCAACCAUGACGCAAUCAAUGGGCGGGGCAGCGGCAGGGGCGACGGUCGAGCUAGAAAAGCUCAUUGCGCUCUUCACCGGCCCAAAUUCAGCGGACCUGUAUGAUAGGCAUGUUGCAGCGAUGCAGCGGUUAUGUAGGAACAAUGCGGCAGGCUUCGCCAUCCGCGACCUGCCGAAGGUCCAGCAGGUGCUGGAGCUCUCUGUGGCACUGCUCAAGCGUGGCAGCACAGGCUUUGUGGAGCCCCUUUGUGAGCUCGUCGGCACCUUUUCCAAGCCAUUCAUCCGGCGAACAGCCACGGAUGAAUUCAAAAUGCUCAACCACAUCACGAGCCUGCUGAUGACCGUCGGCGACAUCUUCCGGUCACCAGGCAUGCCGCCGCAGCUCGUGGCGGUGGCAGCGCAGACAAUCAGCACAUUCGCCAACGCGUACGGCAACCGGCCCAACGCCCUGGACCUGGCGUCACAACAUGUGGAGGCGGAGGGGCCGCAGCGGCAGUACCUCACCAACCAGGGCCUGCUGGGCAAGAGCGGUGUGGUGGCUGACGUCAUCGUGGCGCUGGCCCGCUCCGCCCUCGCCGACCGCGAGCCGCCCACCUCGCCCUCCGCACGUGGCGGCGCGCCCGACCCCGCAGAGCAGGCGCGCGCGCUGGCGGCGCCGCUGCUGACGGCGCUGCUGGCGGUGUCCUACAACGCGGAGAGCUGCACUGCCAUGGUGGAAGCCGGCGUGCUGCAGUGCAUCGCGGCGCUGCUGGGGCGGGGGCCACAUGCGGACACCAGCGGCGCGACCGUGGAGCUGCUGUGGAACCUGCUGGAGCAGGCGCCGGCGCUGGCGCGCGCGGCGCUCAGCCGGUCGCUGCCUUCGCUGGAGGCCCUGGCGGCGGGCGCGGGGCUGCCGGUGCCGGCGGGCGGGAAGGCGUCGGCCCGCGCGAACGGCGAGGAGGCGGCGGAGCAGCAGCGGAACGGCAGCCAGGAUGGCAGUGCCGGCGCAGGGGCAGGGGCGUCGUUCUCGGGUGGUGGCGGCGGCAGCCGCAGCGCCCUGCCGCCCAUGGCGUCAGGGGCGGGCUCGCGGCUGGUGAACGGCUCGCGGCUUGGCAGCCCGGGCGGCGGCGCCGGCAUCGGCAGCAUCCCCGUUUCGCGCGGUAGCGUUGCUGCGUCGGGGCUGAGUGGCAUUGCGGAGGGCAGCGCCCGCGGCGACGGCGCCAGCAGUGACGCCGGCGCCGGCAGUGAGCCCGCCUCGCCCUCCCGUGGCGCCGGCCAUGACGACGGGUCCGAUUGGCAGCAGCUGCCGGACGGCGCCUCCGCCGGCAGCGGCUCGGUCUACGAGGCCGCGGUCAGCCUGCGCGCCUCGUCGCCCGGCGGCGCCUCCGCGCUCGACGAGUUCGGCGAGGAGCCGGACAUACGGCCGCUGCGCGGCGGCGGCGGCCUGGCAAUGGUGGCGGAAGAGUCCUCCGGCUACGGUUCGGAGCCGCCGCCGCCGCCGCCGGACGCGCCGGUGGUGCAGGCGCUUGCGGACGCGCUGGGCGGGCUGCUGCGGGAGCUGCUGCUGAACGGCUUCAGUAAGGCCGACAAGGAGCUGCGCAACGACUGCAUGCUGGUGAUGGGGCUGCUGCUGGAGGACGCGGCGUUCGCCGCCGCCGCCUCGUACAGCGGUGUGUUCGAAGCGCUCAUCGCGGCCGGCACCUGCCCCGAGCUGGGCUCCGCGCCGGCGCUGGUCGCCAACUACGCGCUGAGCACGGACGUGCUGGACCACGAGCUGCGGCUGCUGGUGUGGGCGGCGCUGGUGCAGGGCUGCCUGCGCCCCGAGGUGCUGGAGCAGGCGGUGGCCAGCGGCCUGGUGCGCGUGCUGCUGCUGUACGUCAGCCCCGGCGAGCCGCACCCCGCGGUACGGCGCUGGAACUCCGACCAGCUCGCCACGCUGCGCUCCGGCGCCCUGUCGCGGCUGCACACGCUGUCGCCGCUCUGCCCCGAGGAGUACGAGCGCGCGGGCGGGCCGGGCACGCUGCUGGCCUUCGCCGGCUCCUCCCCCGGCGCCACCCACCUGGAGGCGGCGCUGCGCCACCUGCACCGGCUGUUCUCCAUGGUCCCCGAGACGCGGGACGCGCUGGGCUCGGCGGGGAUCAUUCCCGUGCUGCUGGCCGUGGUGGCGGACACGGUGGGCAGCGGCGGCGGCGGCGGAACCAUGGGCCACCUGGCGGGCGAGCGCGCCGGCAACGGCCACGGCGCGCUGACGGGUGUGGGCUCGUUGCAGCCGGAGCCGGUGCGCCACUUCGCACUGCUGUGCCUCACAGCGUUGUGCUCCGUGCACGCGGAGAACCAGCGGCGGCUGCGCAAGGCGGGCGGCGUGGGGGUGCUGCUGGGGGCACUGGAGAAGCUGCGCGGGCUGGACCCGCUGCUGCCUGCGCCCUACGCGGUGGCGGUGCUGGACUGCAUCUGGGCGGCGGUGGUGCCGGACCGCAAGUCGGCGGCCAAGCUGCUGGUGGACGGCGGGAUGGAGGCGCUGCUCGGCCACCUGGAGCAGGGCAACAAGAGCCACAGGCCCAUCGUGCUGCGUGUGCUGUCCGACCUGCUGGAGAACCCGCGCAGCCACCCCUUCUUCCACGACUGGCAGUCCGACCUGAACAAGCAGACCGCGGCGCACCUGCUGCUGUCCGUGUGGAUGGAGGAGGACUCGCUGCGCGGCAUCACGGGUCCGGACGGCAUGCUGGCCAACACGGCGCGGCCGCUGGCGGGGCUGGGCAAGCGCACCAAGUGGCUGCCGCCUGAGAACGUGGCGUACGGCAACAUGAGCCCGGCCAAGAAGGAAACGCUGUCGAUCAUGCUGGACGCGCUGCCGAGUGAGAUCGUGCUGGCAAAGAUAUAUGGCAUCUUCAAGGUGCUGGGCUUCGACGCCUGCCCCUACCUGGACCCAGCCGACCACGCCGUGCUGGCGGCUGUGGAGAAGUACGCCAAGUUCCGACAAGGCGAGGUGUGGCGGGCCAUACAGGCCCAGUUCGCCGAGAGCGGCGUCAAGCCCACCGCGCCGGACAGGGCCCGACUGGAGAGCGGCAUCGAGAUGAGCGAGAGCCUGGCGGCGGCGGUGCGCGAGGCGCAGGCGCGGCUGCUGGGCCGGGCGCAGGAGGGGCAGCGCGCGGCCGAGGCCCGGCUGUUUGAGGGCAUGCGGCAGCAGGCGCGGCUGGAGGCGGAGUACCGGACCAUCGCGCUGCAGGAGAAGACGCCGCUGACGCUGGCUGAGAUGCGGCGGGCCAAGGAGCAGAAGUCGUCCAUGCUCAAAAACAGCCUGCAGAGCUUCCAGUUCCAGCACGGAGAGGAUGACUGAUGAUGAGCUGGCGACUUAAGGGGAUGGGGGGCAGCGCAGGAGGGGGGGCCGUUCGGUGCGGUGUCGCGGGGAGGACCAAAACGAGGCGUGUGCAGUAAGUUGACAGGUGCGCCGCUCGCUCAUAGGGGAUGCGUUAUUUAUGGGCAAGAGCUUCUCCUAUCAGCGGACAGCGGUGCAGUCUAGACGCGCAUAUAUAUAAUGUAAGACAAUGUGCCC